CUUACUUAGGCUUGAAUAACCAACUAAGGCCUCUUCAAAACCCCUUAAAUUAUCACAUAUAACAUCUCCAAUACUUGCAAAAUAGAAAAGAAAAAAAAAUAAAAACAUGGUUAGUCCAUCCAAUAAUUCCCAUAAUUUUCCUCUAAAAUUCCUUUGUAGCUAUGGUGGCAAGAUUAUGCCCCGUCAAACCGAUGGAAAACUCCGGUAUUAUGGUGGCGAAACACGUGUCCUCUCCGUUGAUCGUUCCAUUUCAUUCACAGAGCUAUUAUUGAAGUUAGGGGAGAUGUCUGGAUCAUCAGUGAGUUUAAGGUGUCAGCUGCCAAAUGAAGAUCUAGAUGCACUUGUAUCAAUAACAUCUGACGAAGAUUUAGUCAAUCUCAUCGAAGAAUAUGAUCGUGUUUCAGCAAUAUCAUCGUUUCUCAAGAUUAGGGCUUUCUUAUAUCCACCAAAAUCCACAAAAAAAGUUGUAUCUCCUACACCUUCCAUUUCUUCUACCUCAUCCACCAAUAGUACCACUAUUAGCAACCCCGAUGCCACGUCAUCACCAAGUUCAUUUUGUUCAACCAUUACUAGCCCUCCUGCGUCAACGAGGCAUCAUGAUUGUCCAAGACCAUAUAAGAAAGUGACACGAAAUUCUUUAGAUGAAACAAUUAACGGGCGCAUACGUCAUAUUAGAACAAGAUCGUCACCGGUAUAUGAUGAUGAAAUCAAUUGAAACUCUCUUUCAUUUAGACAGGAAAUUCUAGUUACCUCAAGAUGGGAAUUAAGUGGCGGAGUCAUUUGGUCUAAAUGCUACAUGAAGAGGCACACAUAGUGAUUAUAACCAUUCAUGACCAAUUGUUCCAAUUUGGUGGUUUUCCUUUAUGAGCAUAUAUUAAAGGGAAGAAAAAAGAGCUUUUAGCGACCAAAAAUUAAAUGAACUAAAUUGGAUAUCGCAGUUGGAGGGAAAUUAAGUUUUGUUCUUUUAUAAAAGGGCAUAAUACAAAAACGUUUUCUUUAAUUUGACCUCAAUUGGAUUUUAUGUCCUUAAAUUUUGGGUGUGCACAAAUAGAAACAUAAACUUGUAUAAAAUUAAAGAAGUACACACACGUAUUUUACGUGCCAAUUCACUUGAGCCGUGAUGUAAAAUGCAUGUAUUUACUUGUUCAAUUUUAUAUGCCCAUCUAGGUGUUAUGUCUUUAUAAAAACUUUGAAAACUUUAUUAAAGUGAAGAAGGUAUGGCGCCAUCACCAUGGGUCCAUGAUAGCCUGUAAAUGAAAACAGCCAUUCUAUGGAAAGAGAUUAAAAACUCCAAAUAUUAUUAUUAUUAUUAUUAUUAUUAUUAUUAUUAUUAUAAUAAAGGAUUUAUAAAAAAGAAAAAGUGAAGAAAAGGACUUCUUUUUUCUUUUUGGCCUUGGAGAUGUGGAGGAAUAAUAUCACCAUAAAUUGUGGAGUUAGCCAAUUUCUCAGUCCAUUCAAAUGAAUAAAGCAAAUAUUU